AUGGAAAUCGAUCCAGUUCUUGCCGAGAGUCGGCGUCGGACCUGGUGGAUGGUCUACGUGGUUGAUGCCCAUUACUGCAUCAUCCGUCGAGACUUCAAGACGGCAUUAAUAGGUGCUGAGAACAGCGUGGACCUGCCUUGUGAGGAUGACUCUUACGACCAAUUGACAAUACCGCCUACUGCGUCGACCAUGUCGGACUACCAGUGCCGUGAGUAUGCAUUGGGCGACAAGACAUUCUCUUCCUUUACCUACCUGGUCGAUGCCAAUCGCAUAUACGUCAAGGCCAUACGCUCCUCCACACAGUAUUCGGGAAUUUCCCAGUCAGAGAUUAUCUGCGGCAAUAUGGAAGCCGAAAUAGCCUCCUGGUCCAUCAUGCUGCCGUCUUCAAAGCGGAACCUCCCAGUCCAGCAGGACGCCAUGGAUCAGCUAAUGUUCCAAGCGCACAUAAUGACGUAUACUUACAACGCGGCCGAGGCCCUGUCAGACUGCGGGAGCCCUCCCCCGCCUCUGCGCCCUGAAGUCAGCAUCGGCAGCAUCAUGGAUCAUCAGAAGCACGCAGACAAGUUAUUCGACGCCAUUCGAAAGCAAAAUCAGUGUCUAAUUCUGCUGCCCAUGCGCGCCGCCCAAAUGUCCCCGUUUCUCAUCUGCAACGUCGCAUGCUGCACGGUUGCCCACCUGGUGGCCUGCAGAAGGGCGUUUGAGCCAGACGAGGCCGAGAUUGCACGAUGCCGGAUCCGAGUCUCCAUGGGCACCCUCAAGCACUACGAGGAUAUUUGGCCCAAGGCAAAAGAUUCUAACACAAUUGAAGAAAAUUGCCCACGCCAUCCUUCAGGCCGGAGCUGUGGCUCAGACGCCAAGUGCUGA